AUAGUCUUCUGUCAGUGUGGGGCUGCGUUCACAGCCUGGGCUCUGUGUAUGUCACCUGCUUGAGCACAUGCCUUGAGGUUCUCCAGUGAUGUCAUUGCUUUCUUCCUAGUAGAGUCAUCAGAGCAGUGUAUUCUGGAUCAGAUGUUUAUAAGCUGGUGAACAGGUAACAAGACUAUUCACUUAAUUAGGCACGUGGAUCCCUGCCACAUGCUUCUGAUUCUGAUACAUCUCAAAAGACUGUAUAUUUGAACACUGUCUUUAAUCACUUCCUACCGUUGAAAUUCCUGAUUGAUGCUUCAUUCUAAAAGUAUUCUUGUUAUUUUAAGAUUGUGUGUCAGCAACCAGAACAACUUCUUGUUUGUUUGUUUGCAAUGAAGUAAAAAGUCCUUUGAAUUUCAUCCCUACAAAUUAUUGUUGCUUAUAGGAGCACUGUUCUAGGUGUUGGGGAAGAGGAGUGAGUAGAACAGACAACAGCUCUGCUCUCAUGGAGUUCGCAGUCUAGUGGAACGGGACAAAAAUAUGUCAGGGUUCUGGCUGAAGCGGAGCAGCUACGAGGAGCAGCCGACCGUGCGCUUCCAGCACCAGGUGCUGCUGGUGGCCCUGCUGGCACCCGAGGACCGCGGCUACCUGGCCUGGAGCACGUUCCCCGCUUUCAACCGGCUGCAGGGGCGUCGCCUGCGCAUCCCUCUCAUUUCGACCAGAGAAGAAGACAAGAACCAGGAUGGUAAAAUGGACCUGUUACAUUUUCACCUGGAGCUUCCCCUGCAGUCCAGAGAGCACGUGGUUGGUGUACAGCUCAUCCUGACCUUCUCCUACCAGCUGCACAGGAUGUCGACGUUCGUGAUGCAGACCAUGGCGUUCCUGCAGUCUUCCUUUGCUGUCCCCGGCUCCCAGUUAUAUGUGAACGGAGACCUGCGGCUGCAGCAGAAGCAGCCCCUGAGCUACCGUGGCCUAGACGUCCGAUACAACGUGUCUGUAAUCAAUGGAACCAGCCCCUUUGCCUCUGACUACGACCUCACCCGCAUCGUGGCUGCCUACCAGGAAAGGAACGUGACCACCAUUCUGACUGACCCCAACCCCAUCUGGCUGGUUGGAAGGGCAGCCGAAGCUCCAUUUGUGAUUAAUGCUGUUAUUCGAUACCCUGUGGAAGUCAUUUCUUAUCGACCAGGGUUCUGGGAAAUGAUAAAGUUUGCCUGGAUCCAGUACAUCAGUAUCCUGCUUAUCUUCCUCUGGCUGUUUGAAAGAAUCAAAAGAUUUGUGUUUCAAAAUCAGGUGGUGACCACAAUCCCUGUACCAGCAGCGCCCCGUGGACAACUGUAUAAGGAGCACUAUUCAUGAAAAAGCCAUUUCUGAAAGGCUUCAGCUGGACCUGGACCCUGGCUACCUCAUUGCUGUCUUCUGAGAACUGCCAUCUUAGGACAUUUUGGAAAAGAGCCCACAGACAUGUGGGUGGCUGUGCUUUUCCUAUGAGAGACAAAGAACAAGUUUUUCUAAUUUUUUCUCUACACAAAUUCUGUAUCUUCUAAGCAUGUACCAAAUCAUCAGGGACCGGUUGGUGGAAAGGUCUGCGGGUUCCUGAAGGCUAUAAUUUGCUUUUUUUUCUUUUGCCUUAGACUUGAAUUUCUGGAGAAAACUACAGCAGUCAGUUCCGACAUCUUGGAUAAGGUUCCUUUCUCUGGUCAAGCAAAGUCCUUUCCUCUCUUGAAUUAAGAAGCAUGCUUUAUAUUUCUUCCACCUAAUGUGAAACCCUUUUGCGCUUUUCAGCGCUCUGUAGGAUAGAUAAACAGCUAGCACUUUCCACCCCUGGGCAUUUAACUUUUCUAAACAGAACUUUGAUUUCCAGAACGGAGAGGCCUUUGCCUGAAGAACUGGAGAGAGAGUGUGCUCACGAGCACAUGCUUGUUUCGCUAGUGUAGUGGUUAUCACGUUCGCCUCACAAGAGCGCGUGCACGCAGUACGUGAGGCUGGGCAACCUGAGGACACCAGGACCAUCCACCUGCCCUCAGUCUAACAGACAGUCAUCUGUCACCCGCUCCGCUGAACAGCCCUUUAUCCCUGCCCGGCUGUGGCUGGCUCCUUGCCCUGCCUUUUGCCCUCUGUCUGUGCCCCUGGAAUCGCGGGCUGAAGUCAGAGUGCUGUUUCAUUCACAGUCCCCUCCGCAACAGUGGGGGGAGUGAGGCUUACAACAACAGGUUCUUUCUCUCUGGCCCUUGCCCAACAGCCUGGACACUUGCCACUCCUCCUCCUUGACAGCCCUUCCCCUUCCUGGAAAGGAUGUGGGUGACAGAGGAGCUGUUGUUGGUAUUGGCACCCAUAGCCCGACAACCACAGGGUUGAUCAGGAGUGCUCGCAGGAAGCCCAGCUACUGUAUGUCCCCUGACUGAGGACAGGGCACCUAUCAGCGGGCAGCUUUGGGGGGGACACAAAGGGAGCAGGGAAGAGGACACCACUCCGACCUGCCCACUCCAAGCUGGCCAUUAGCAGAAUGACCAGAAUUCCACCAGAUUACCCUUGAGGCUAGUAUGUAUCUGCAGGAGAAGAGACUUCUGGAAACAGGUCUAUUGCAUGAGGAAGACAGACCCUCCCUUCUUAUCCUGAGCACAUACCUUGGAUUCGCUCUGUGAUCUUAAGAUGUCAUUGAAACUGGAAGGACAUGUCUGCUGUGAUCCGUGCUUCGUGCCCACCCACAAACACAUUCCUCAGCGUGCACCUCAGUUUACCUUGGACAAUCAGUUCUUAUUUCCAACUUUUUCUGGUUGAACAAAAGAGUUUUGGAAUCCAAGCUAUUUUGAAAUAUUUCGGCACAAACAUUCCCCAACACUGGCCUAUCGGCCUUUUCUUUUAACAUUUAGAGCUGCUUAUAUGCCUAAUCUUUUUUCCUGCGAUUUAAAUGAAAAACGGUUUCUGGUUUUAGUUACAAAAAAGUAUGAUGUAUAUAGACAUCACAUUUUGUUACAUUAUCUCCAUGCAGAAUUUGUGUAAAGAACCAUGGUGUUUUGUAACUUUCUAAUUAAAAUGUUCAAAAUGGAAGGUUCCAUAAGGUUUUCUAGAGGGAAAGGGUUUAGCACCAGGAAGAAUGGCAAUGGCAGGGGUUGUAUUCCGACUUACUCACCAGCAGGCUUGCUUUGCCAGGCUCUACCCGGAGACCGUGGAGCUUUUGUUAGCUCCUUGGCCAAAGUCCCUGGUCUAACCCCAAGUAAAUGUGAGUUUGCAGUGGAAUCCACAUGGCAUGUGGAAAUCACAGGCUGGAAAAUUACAACUGCGUCUGGUAAAUAUCAAAUUAUUUGCAGGUCAGAUGUUGGUAACUGCUGAAUCUGAACCUCACCGUAUAGUUGCAGGAGAAUAAAAAGGUAAGCUCUGUGUAAGAGUUGGUCAACAGAGCUGUAAACUAUAGCUAAGGCAGGGUUUAAGACAAAUACUCUUAUUUGUCUUUGAUAUUUUGGCUGGGGUGGGGAGAAUCCCUCAUUUUGCUAGUUGAUUAUCCAGUCCUAUUUGGGUCAGGUGAGACUGCUAAACCUGUACUUAUCUUUCUCUUUUG